GAUAUCCUAAUCCUGACACCAUCUCUCGCAUGGAAUGCAGGAAAGAACCCCGUGUCUCAAUUCUCCCAGACCCCAGCGAAUGGCUGAAUCAAAGAGGUGCCUGCAAAGCAGAUCACCAGAUCCUGAGCCAAACUGAAGAGGACACCCCGCAGCAGGAGGGCGCUGGGAAAGCGGAGUCGCACAGGGCGUCAGCAGAGAGAACUGGAGGGGACGUCUCGCAGCAGAUCCAGCCUGGGGCAGGGGGAAACCCCGUGGAGCAAGAUCACCUUACCUCCACCACCCCACUGGGGGCCAGGCGACCCCGAGGGGAUGUCACCCAGCAGAGUCUGCGGGGGGCCAUGGAAAACUCCACAGAGCGGGAUCUCCAAGAUGUCACCACCAGGAGACCUGGAGGGGACAUCUCCCAGCAGAGCUUGUGUGGGGCCGGGGAAAACCCCACUGAACGGGAUCUCCUAGACCCACCGGCAUCCCGGCGUCCCGGCGCCUGCGCCGACUGCGGGAAAACCUUCAGCCUGAGCUCGAACUUGCUGCGUCACCGUCGCACCCACCUGGGUCAGAAGCCCUACCGGUGCGUUGAAUGCGGCAAGGCCUUUGCCCAGAGCCAGCACCUCCUGGCCCACCAGCGGGUCCACACGGGCGAGCGUCCCUUCCUCUGCACCCAGUGCGGGAAGAGCUUCUCCCAGAGCCAGCACCUGCGCACCCACCGGCAGACCCACGGGGGCCAGCGGCCCCACCAGUGCCCCGAGUGCGGGCAGAGCUUUAGCCAGACCUCCAACCUCCUCAAACACCGCAGGGGCCACCUGGGCCACAAGCCUUUCCGGUGCGCCCAGUGCGGCAAAGGGUUUGGGGAGAGCUCCACCCUGAUCCGCCACCAGCGCACCCACACCGGCGAGCGGCCCUACCGCUGCCCGGCCUGCGGCAAGGCCUUCAGCCAGAGCUCCAACCUCCUCAAGCACCAGCGCACCCACACCCGCGAACGGCCCUACCGCUGCGAGCAGUGCGGCAAGGCCUUCGGCAAGAGCUCCGCCGCCAUCCUGCACCAGCGCACCCACACCGGCGAGCGGCCCUACCCCUGCCCCCAGUGCGGCAAGCGCUUCAGCCAGCGCCCCCACCUGGCCGCCCACUGCCGCGUCCACACCGGCGAGAAGCCCUUCGCCUGCCCCCAGUGCGGCCGCAUCUUCAGCCAGAGCGCCACGCUGAGCCGGCACCGCCGCACGCACCGACUGGAGGGGGAGCAGGCGGGGGAGGCGCCCCGACCGGGAGAAGACGGGGUUUCGGAGAAGGCGGCGCCGUGCGAGAACAGUGCACGGUGGGGGGAGCGCGUGGCCGGGGAGCACCAAUACAUGACACACACACUGCGGGGAGUGGUAAAUAAUGAAGGGGACAGGUUACUGGUACAGAGCGAGCUGGAUCUCUUGGGCUACUCCGGCCUGUGACAUACCUUGGACUGCGGAAACAGCGUCACAGAUGUAAAGACCGUGCGCUAGCCCAAACCUCCAGG